AUGGCACGACCAUCGAAGAGGAAACCUGCUGGUGCGGCUGGAUCAACGUCACCACCCAGCAGCAAAAAGCCUCGAACUCCGGCAAAACCCGCCAAGACCAAUAAAGCGGAAGACCGAAAGUCAGGCAGGAAGAACGCGGCGAAGUGGGCCGAAGUCACGCUAAAAAAAAAACGCACAUCAGGCGAGGGAACGUCUAGCGAGGAUGAGGAUGACAACGUCAGCGAUGCCAUGGAAACUUCGGACCUAAACGACGACACGCCAGGUCCAUCAGUCCGAAAACCCCCCGCCAAACGGCCUGCCCCCUCCCGCAAUGGAAGGACUCGGAAGCCUUCGCUGCCCCCGCCCAUGUCGGAAACCAUUUCGGAAACAAGAGCACCCCCUUCGACCUCGUGGCCAGAAUCAGGAUCAGGAUCAGGAUCAGGAAGGAGGCCAGCACAAUCGAUGUCGAACGGUAGCCCGCCGGCUCCUCCGCCAGGUACACCUACAGCUACACCUACCAAGAGGGCGACAGGCCGUCGCCUGGAAGGAAAAACGUACACACCCAGCCGCAAAAGUAGCUUUCUCCGGCACGCUAACGGGACCGAGGGCACGGAUUCGGCUACCGCAGCCUCGGCCUCCGACGGUCCCAGCCUAAACUCGGACAAUCUCGGAGGGCCGAAGACGCGUGGCCAAGCUCGGCGGGGGCCGAGUUUCUUGGACCGCGAGCGCGCUGGGCGGGAUACAGUGGCUACGGCAGGCGCUGAGGGAAGAACACCAGACAUGAAAGGGACACGGGGACAGAAGGACAAGAGCAAGAGCAAGGUGGAUUCCGUGCCGCAGCCGGCGCAAGCGACGGAUGCUGGUGCUGAUGCUGAUGGUGAUGAUGCGCGACCGAGGCGGGGCAAGAGUCUAGAGUGGACUUUCAAAUGUGCUGUGGUGGUGGUGCUAGCUCCGGUGGUGGUGCUCCUCCUCGUAUCGGGCUUGCUAGUGGCGUGGCCCCACGUGCAGGUUGCGGCGGGAGGCGCGUGGGGGGCUUUCCGGGGGCUUACCGCCAAGACACCGUCCGUAGAAAAGUGCUUCCUGCAACCGGGUGAGCAAGAGGACAUCGUCUGCAAGAGCGGCACGGAGGCCAUGGACUGCCCCGACCACGCAACGUGUGGCGCCGGUCGUAUCCUUCACUGUAACCUGCCAUACACCUUGAGGAAAGACAGAGCGGCAUGCGUUCUAGUUGCCGAAGCCGAGAAAGAGGCUAAAGCUGUCGUAGAAGCGCUCCGAACACUGACGGCGGAAGAGCUAUGCAAAGGGAAGGGUCUGAUCAUGCCUAGGGCAUCUGCUCGCGGGAGCUUCAUCACGCUAACGGAUGCGGCCACCGCACAGAGCAGGGGGCCGCUUUCUCUUUUGGCCGGAAUGCCGCCGGGCAACGUAGUCGGCCUGAUCGAACUAGAGGGAGAGCCUGCGCAAGUAUUCGGGGGAGGGCAGGAUGGCGCCGAGGGCUGUGCGGGCAGCGGCAUGGAGAGGGUCGCUCGUCUGUCGGAAAGCGCGCACGACGCCGUGAUGAGGACCCUGGGUUGGCGAUGCAAAGCGCGUCUUGCCGCUGGAAGCUGGUUUAUGACGUACUGGCAGUAUUGUCUGGCGAUGUACUGUUUGGUGGUGGGGGCAGUGUGUCUGGACCUGCGGAGACGCAACAGCUACUACAGGCACGUACAGGUGUGCACCAUUCGCGACUUGUGCUACCAGACUCUGCUGGACCACGCGAGCAAGGACUCUUCCCCUAUGCAGGUGUCGCACAUCCAAUCCUCCGUGACCGAUUGGACAAGGCAAAGGGUAGCAAAAAACCGGGCCACCAUUCAGCGGCACAUAGCCGGCCUCUGGCCUUUGGUGGAGAGGGAAGUGGAGCACGACGAGAGGAUCAGGAGGUGUUACAAGAGCCUCGCAGGGAAGCGCAGCGUGGCGUGUUGGAAGUGGGUGGGUCCGACGGGCACUCGCUUCGAGACAAUCGGGGCCUUGAACCCAGGACGUGCCCCUCGCCUGUUGCUGCUUUGGUGCCAAGAGCGAGCAAGGCCGAUGCCAUGGUGCCAACUUUGCUGGUUGUUGCAAGCUUAGCUUAGCUUAGGCCUCUCUCUGUUGCCGUGUAAUAGCGACAGAGUUGAGGCCAACUACAGCUCUAUUUCAGGUCACCGUCGCAUGACCCAUUUCAGUAGUGCAUACGCGUAGUAUUUAACGAUGCCAGUGCUAAAUAAC